UGGGCCAGCGCCGUUUCCAGUUGAGAGAUGGCGGCCGCCGCAGGUAGAUCGCUCCUGCUGCUGCUCUGCUCCCGGGGCGGCGGCGGGGGCGCCGGCGGCUGCGGGGCGCUGACUGCCGGCUGCUUUCCCGGGCUGGCCGUCAGCCGCCACCGGCAGCACCAGCAGCACCGGACGGCACACCAGAGGCCGGCUUCCUGGCAGAGCGUGGGGGCGGCUUAUUGCAGUACGGUUGUGCCCUCUGAUGACGUGACAGUGGUUUAUCAAAAUGGGUUGCCCGUGAUAUCCGUGAGGCUACCGUCUCGGCGUGAACGCUGCCAAUUCACACUCAAGCCUAUCUCUGACUCUGUUGGUGUGUUCUUACGGCAAUUGCAAGAGGAGGAUCGGGGAAUCGACAGAGUCGCCAUCUAUUCACCAGAUGGCAUUCGAGUUGCUGCCUCCACGGGAAUAGACCUCCUCCUCCUCGAUGACUUUAAGCUUGUCAUUAACGACUUAACAUACCACGUACGGCCACCAAAGAGAGACCUCCUAAGCCAUGAAAACGCGGAAACCCUGAACGAUGUGAAGACGCUGGUCCAGCAGCUCUACACCACGCUGUGCAUCGAGCAGCAUCAGCUCAACAAGGAGCGGGAGCUGGUGGAGAGGUUGGAGAACCUCAAGCAGCAGCUGGCCCCCCUGGAGAAGGUACGAAUUGAAAUCAGCAGGAAAGCAGAGAAGAGGACGACUUUGGUGCUAUGGGGUGGCCUGGCCUACAUGGCCACACAGUUUGGCAUUUUGGCCCGGCUUACCUGGUGGGAAUACUCCUGGGACAUCAUGGAGCCGGUCACCUAUUUCAUCACCUAUGGAAGUGCCAUGGCCAUGUACGCAUACUUCGUGAUGACGCGCCAGGAAUAUGUUUAUCCAGAAGCCAGAGACAGACAAUACUUACUAUUUUUCCAUAAAGGAGCCAAAAAGUCACGUUUCGACCUAGAGAAAUACAAUCAACUCAAGGAUGCAAUUGCUCAGGCAGAAAUGGACCUUAAGAGACUGAGAGACCCGUUACAAGUACAUCUGCCCCUCCGACAGAUCGGAGAAAAGGAUUGAUCUGCGCAGAGCGUGAAUCCCGGCAGAGAGAGCACCUGUUUAUAACUCAUGCCUUUUUAAUUGAAGCAUUGCAGGUGGAAGGGGGGGCCUCGUGGGGGAGAGGGUUUUUACCUUUAAUUCUAAAACAGAACACAAAAGGGAUCUUAGGAAAGAAAGGGAUGUUCAAUUCUGAGGAUCAGGCAUCAUGGAGUACCAGUGCAAAGGGUGUAGUGAAUCUUGUCUUAAAUGUCUCCAUUUCCAAAUGGGAACAGCGCAGUCACAGCUGAGAGGACAAGCAAGGGUGAUGUUGGGGUGUUCAUCUCUUACAUCUUUGCAAGGUCUGCAAAACACUAACACACCAGCACCCCACUCAGCUCUAGUCUGGUUUUUUUGAUUUUUUUUUAUUUAAAGUUUCUUAUUUUUGACAUAGGAAUAAAUAACUAUAUAAGAAAGCAAAUCCUUAUGAAUCGUGGUUGGCAGAGUCUGAGCUGGUGAGAUUAGCCUUCAUCUUAAGCUAGACCCAGUCUCUGCAAAGUUACCAGGAAUCUCUCCGUCCUGGAUCCCUUUUCUGACCAGCUACCUACUUAUGUAGGUUACACUACUUUUAUCCAAAUAAUCAUUGGAAUCAACUUAUGACUGUUUGAUGAUUAACAGUUGAAUUAUCUCUUCAUGAGUUCUCAUGUCUAUCUCCCAGGACUCUGAAUCGGUGUCUAGAAAUCACUGGCAAUAUUGCAUGAGGUUUUAGUUGUAUUUUGCUUUGUUUUUUUACUAAUUAGUCUUCAGAGGAGGAAAAGAUCCUCUCCUUUAUAUGCCAAUCCCAUUGAUAACCCCCACCCUCCACAUCACAGGUCAGAGGGCCAGUGUUCAUCUGUGUUACCAAACAAGGAGGAUGGACGGUCUACAAAUCAGCUAAAAAAAUCGUGGCUCUGUGGCUGAUUCAGACCUGGGAUGCCCUUGGUUAAUCUAAGACACACACUUCCUCACCAUUGUGAGCCCUCCCAGCUCUACCACUCCAGUCGCUGUAGAUCAAGGGUGGAUCUCAAAGGGUGCGAUUAUCUUUAUACAAGAAUACCUUCCUAUGGCUUCCUUUAGCCUACCUUCUCCACCCUCUUUCUUUUUAUCUUAAAUUGAGAGACAGAAGAAUUAAUCUUAUACUCUAUGAGAACGUUUUCUACUAAUAUUUCCAGAUGGCACCUGCACUCGAAAAGUCAAAGGAAUCUCUGUCUACUGUCUUUGUUUUUAACUGUUCCGGAGGCAGGAUGGCAAGAACGAAGCGGGCUUGCCGCACAGCUGAUUGGCUUUUGGCUUUUUUUAUCCACGUGAUUCAUCCCUCCUCGCGGGGCAAGGGGUUUCCUUUUCCUCCUCCUUUUGGGAUCAUUGUGUAUGAAAGCAAACCUUCAGAUGACAAACCCAGACUCCAGGUGCCUUGCAGAGGUCGAAGGCCAGCCGGGACAGCCGCUUCCGCCACCACCCUUCACUGGCAUGACAGAGUGAAAGGGUGCAUGUCUCAGUCCCCAGCCUCCUACUUCCUUCCUGUUGUCCAACCUCUCCCCGUUUCUUUCUGUUGUGUGGAGUGUUUUUAAACCACCCAUCCUGUUGGUGUGCAGGGUUCUUACGAAGGAAAGGCACAGUGCAAUGAGUGAAUCCUCUGGGUGGUGUGGGAGGCAGGGGGGGGGGGCGAGCAAAAUGUCGAACACGUGUACAAUCCUGUAUCAUUUAUGAAAUAUGUAUAAAAAGCAAUGUACCUUCUGGAACAAUAAAUACUUAUUCAAUUUUUGAA